UUGUAUGGCACUUUGAUCUUGAAUGACUCCAGGCACGCACUUUUAGAAGAAUUCCUGCAAACUUGUGAACAAAUUCCGAACAAUGAACUCUUCCUUUGUUGUAUCCUUUCUGCAUUCGACGCCCCAGACGUUAUAAAGAAAUCAUCGCAAAUAUUACAACUCAUUCAAAACUCCGCUGAUAAAAUGGUAAUGUUGACUGAACUUUUAAUGACUCUGGGAGAACACUUAUGUACGACAGAGAAUUACCGUCUAGCCUCGGAAGCUUUAAUCCAAUCGUGGUGGAAAUUGCGAACAAUAUUAGACCAACUGUUAACUUUUACUAGUGUUAGCCCCUGGCUGCAGUUUGCGUGUACACAUUUAUCGACGCAAUAUGUGAACAUAAUCUUGCGAGGAACAAUUCGGUACAUGAUAAAGUGUGGCACACCGGCUGACGAAUUCUCGGGGCAGUUUCAGAUUGUCAUCAAAAGGAUGUUAAAGUCUAUUCCAGAUGUGGAGGAAUUGUUUUUGAUGGAUGCAUUCAUGCCGCUAGUAGAAUUGGUUCAAUCAGCCUCAACGCUCGAUACCUUGUUGGCUAAAACAGUCCUGUCUAUCUACUUUACAAGACACACCUCGGUCCAUAUCGAGGAUCACAUUGUGAUCGCCUGCCUAUUGCGAUUGUGCUGUAUAUUACACGACUCUAUCACUGCAGUCACGGUAGAGGAUGAGAAUAAACUGUGCAGCGAGCUGAUCAACAAAUUCGUACAAGCGGUCACUUACCAAGACUUAGAACAACAGUUGAACUUUUACGUAGAAUGCAGAUCUUCUUUCAUUAAGCUGGAUGGUGUGCUCAUAACAUUGGUGCACGCCGUGAACACAUUAGCGGCUCGCGCCAAUGAUUCGAACGGCAAAUGGUUACAACGGGCAUGCGCUGCGUACUGUUUCAUUACAGUUCCUUCACUGCAUUGCACACUUACGAAGGCACAUUUGUACUUACUUUCCGGACAGGUAGCACUUCUCAACAAUUGUAUUGGACAAGCUGAAGCAAAUUUUAAGGCACUCAUCGGACUAAUACCUGAUAUUCCGGAGUAUAUAUUAGAGGAUGCCCAGAAAAAACCAACUAACCUUAGGGUCGCAGGCAUUUUGAGUGAUUUCUUGUCAACUUUAUUGGUAUUCCCAGAUAAUGUGGAGAGUAAUUGCAAGGCUUACAUCCUAAACGGUUUUAUAAGAACUAUGGAAAGGAUACACUGGCGCAAAACAGAGCCUUUGUAUUAUGGCGUGCUUUUGCGUACUUUGGAUCUCCUGUGCGAGUUGACACAGGAAAAUUAUUCUUAUCACAUAGAUUCAGUGCUCUCUAAUGACAAAUUAUACGCUUCCGAAGCGAAAUUUAUAGAAACCAUGGAGAAAUACGCAACGAAAAUUUGUCAAGAACUGCUGGUUGUGUUGCAUGUCCGCGGCGAUAGCAAAGACCAGAAUAGACAGUAUAAUUUGGCUUUGGAGCUAUUUUGGCGGGUUAUAAGGCGUGGUGAUUUACAAGAUAAGUCUAUGUACAACUUAGCUGUUAACCUAUGGAUGUUGGGGCUCAAAUUGCAAGAUACAAACAGUAUAUUUGCCAAAUCUCUUCUCACCGUGUUAGAAAAUGACGGUAAUUUGAUCAGCGCUCAAUUAUUCAAGAAGCUAGACAAUGCCGUGGCAACGUCAUAAAACGUAUGACAAAACCUUCAUGAGUACGGGCACAGUAGGCAAGGCAUAAAUGCACGCGUCAUCUAUUGAUUCCCAGUGACAAGGCAGAACGCUUGUCAAAUUCUUAGAACUAAGAAUAUUUUUGUACAUAAAUCUAUAUAGGGUGUAUUUUUGAUAUCAGUUCUUCAUGUUGAUUAUAAAUGUCAAAGACUCCAUAGAACUAUUAGAGGUUUGAGUACUUUUAAGGUUCGAAAUUCCAAAAAGAUCACCUUAUAUUCGUUAAUAAAUGCGAAUCCAUGCGGACCUUACUCCCCUAUCUCAAAAAUUCACCCUAUAUCACUACAGUGUUACAUUAUAUAACUUUAGCAACUGUAAACUUUA